AUGGACCUCGUCCUUCUCUGUGUGUUUCUUCCUCUGGUGACCGUGGCAUGGGGCCAGUACGGUGGUGACUAUUCCUACGGUCCCUAUAACUAUGGAGAUAAUGAUGAAUGGGCCAAUGCGUACCGGCAGGGUUUCAACUUCCAGUGCCCACACGGGCAGGUGAUUGUGGCCGUCAGGAGUGUUUUCAACAAGAAGGAAGGCUCCGACAGACUGUGGAACUAUGCCUGCAUGCCAGCAGCCCAGAGCCUCGGUGAGCCGACAGAGUGCUGGUGGGAAGAGAUCAACAGGGCAGGAACUGAAUGGUAUCAAACCUGCUCAAACAAUGGGCUGGUGGCCGGUUUCCAGAGCCAGUAUUUUCCAUCUGUUCUUGACCGUGAAUGGCAAUUUUACUGCUGCCGCUAUAGCCGGAGAUGCCCGUAUUCAUGCUGGUUAACAACAGAAUAUCCAGGACACUAUGGAGAAGAUAUGGACAUGAUGAUGUACACUUACGACUAUUACAUCCGUGGGGCAACCACAACUUUCUCUGCUGUGGACAGGGAUCGUCAGUGGAAAUUCAUUGUCUGCAGGAUGACAGAGUAUGACUGCCCAUUUCAAAAUGUUUAA